AUGUCCGAUCCCAAACUGGGCAUUUCUGUGGAGAAUUCAUCUAAAAACAGACUUACAAGAGAUGGUUUCUCUGUCUCCAGCUUGAAAGAAGCCUUGGCCUGUGAUGUAAUGUCAGGGAGGCAACAGAGCAUUGAGGAGAAAACUUCUCAGCAAGAAUGUGGGGAGACCUAUUGCCUGAGCACAGAGCUUACCAGACAUCAGAGGAUUCAUAUUGGAGAAAAGCCUUAUGAAUGUAAUGAAUGUGAGAGGGCCUUCUGCCUGAGAGCACAGAUUACUCUACAUCAGAGAAUUCAUACUGGAGAGAAACCUCAUAAAUGUAAUGUAUGUGAGAAGACCUUCAGCCAGCGUAGACAUCUAACUGUACAUCAGAUGAUUCAUGCUGGAGAACCCUCAUGA